AUGGCUGCGCAGGAUACCUUGUUCCGGUCGUCGGACAUGAGUUUGACCCAGCUCUACAUCGCCAACGAAAUUGGAAGAGAGGUCGUCAGUACUCUCGGAGAGCUUGGUGAGGUAGAAUUCAGAGAUUUGAACCCCGAUACCAAUGCUUUCCAACGAACAUUCACGAAGGAGAUCCGCCGCCUUGACAAUGUUGAAAGACAACUCCGCUACUUCCGAACUCAGAUCGAGAAGGCCGCCAUCCCCAUGCGCCCAUCGACUGACUUUUCGGAUACUCUGGCUGCUCCAUUGGCUUCGGAGAUCGACGAACUGGCCGAACGCAGCGAGAGCCUCGAACAGCGCAUCUCUUCAUUGAACGACAGCUACGAGACACUGAAGAAGCGCGAAGUGGAGCUGUCUGAGUGGCGCUGGGUUUUGAGAGAGGCUGGUGGUUUUUUCGAUAGGGCCCACACCCAAACAGAAGACAUUCGCCAAUCCUUCGACAACGACGAAGCGCCUCUACUCCGCGACGUUGAACAGCACGGCCCCCCGGGCGCAAAUGGCGAUACCCAAGGUCAGCCGAGCUUCGCCGAGAUCAACAUAGGUUUCGUUGCUGGUGUUAUUCCCAGAGAUCGGAUCGGUACCUUUGAACGUAUCUUAUGGCGAACACUGCGUGGCAAUCUUUACAUGAACCAGUCUGAGAUUCCGGAGCCCAUUAUUGAUCCCAGCACCAACGAGGAGAUCCAUAAGAAUGUUUUUGUGAUCUUCGCUCAUGGCAAGAAUAUUCUUGCUAAGAUCCGCAAGAUCUCCGAGUCUCUCGGUGCUGCCUUGUACGGCGUUGACGAAAACGCAGAACUGAGGAGAGAUCAAGUCCAUGAGGUUAACACGCGGCUAGGCGAUGUCGGAUCUGUGCUUCGCAAUACCAAGAACACUCUGGAUGCAGAACUUUCCCAGAUCGCCAGAUCGCUCGUGGCCUGGAUGAUCAUUGUCAAGAAGGAGAAAGCUGUCUUCGAUACCUUGAACAAGUUCUCGUAUGAUCAAGCGCGAAAGACUCUGAUUGCUGAAGCUUGGUGCCCGACAAAUUCCCUUCCCCGGAUUAAGUCCACUCUUCAGGACCUUACAAAUUCUGCGGGUCUCUCAGUCCCCAUCAUUAUCAACAAAAUCCAGACCAACAAAACCCCUCCAACUCACUUUAGGCUAAAUAAAUUCACCGAAGCUUUUCAGACAAUCGUCAACAGCUAUGGCGUGCCAAAGUACCAGGAAGUUAACCCUGCCUUCUAUACCAUUGUGACAUUCCCAUUCGCAUUUGCUGUCAUGUUUGGCGAUGCGGGUCAUGGUUCCCUGAUGGUUCUGACAGCUGCUGCGUUGAUUCUCUUCGAGAAGAAACUCUUGCGUACCAAGCUUGACGAAAUUUCUUACAUGGCCUUUUAUGGACGAUACAUCAUGCUGAUUAUGGGCAUUUUUGCCGUUUACACUGGUCUCCUUUACAACGAUGUUUUCUCGAGACCACUGACUUUCCUGCCCAGUCAGUGGGAGUGGCCACAAGACUUCAAGGUUGGAGAGUCUGUCACGGCUAGCCUCAAGGAUGGUUACCGUUACCCGUUUGGACUAGAUUGGAACUGGCACGCUAGUGAAAACUCACUCCUCUUCUCGAAUAGUAUGAAAAUGAAGAUGAGCAUUCUGUUGGGAUGGUGCCACAUGACGUUUGCUCUAAGCAUGCAGUACAUCAAUUCGCGAUACUACAAAUCUAAAGUAGAUCUCUGGGGCAAUUUUGUCCCUGCUCUCGUGUUCUACGAGUCGAUCUUUGGUUACCUGGCAAUUUGCAUAGGAAUGAAAUGGUCAAUUGACUGGCAAGCAAGGGGAGCAAGUCCGCCGUCAUUGUUGAAUAUGCUCAUCUUUAUGUUCUUGUCGCCCGGUUUUGUCGAGGAUCAACUUUACCCAGGCCAGAGCACGGUUCAGGUAAUUUUAAUUCUCGUUGCCAUCGUCCAAGUUCCCAUAAUGCUUUUCCUCAAGCCGUUAUGGCUUCGCCAUGAACACAACCGCGCUCGUGCGCUGGGAUACCGAGGCCUCGGCGAACAAUCUCGAGUCAGCGCCCUUGAAGAUGAUGGUGAUGUGGAUGGUGGCUUUGCUCGUGACAGCUUGGCCAGUGAUGGCGAAGGUGUUGCUAUGCUUGCUCAAGAUAUCAACGAUGGAGAAGAACAUGAGGAGUUCGACUUUGGCGAUGUUAUGAUCCACCAGGUCAUUCAUACCAUCGAAUUUUGUCUCAACUGUAUCUCGCACACAGCGUCCUAUCUCCGCCUUUGGGCAUUGAGCUUAGCUCAUCAACAGCUAUCUAUCGUCCUGUGGAACAUGACCCUUGGCUCCGCCUUCGAGCAAGAAGGGGUGGUUCAAGUUGUGAUGCUGGUUGUCACGUUCUUUAUGUGGUUUAUCUUGUCUGUCGCAGUGUUAUGCGCCAUGGAAGGAGUAUCGUCGCUAUUACAUGCCCUGAGGUUGCAUUGGGUAGAAGCAUUCUCUAAACACUUGAUUGGGGAGGGUAUUCCGCUGGUACCUUUCUCAUUCAAGACUUUACUGGAGGAGGAUCCUGUGGACUGA